UGCAUACAUACAUACAUAUACUAUUUUUAAACACAAAUUCGAACAAAAAUAUAUAUUAUAUAUACAAACAUAUUUACAAAAGUUAAGUUUACAACAAUAUCAGCAGUCGUUUUGUGGGAACUAUAUUUAAAAUUACCAGUCAGCUGCGGUUUUCCCAGCAGCACGUUGGAAAGUUGUACAGGAAAACGUGAGCGACGGCCUUACUAGAGAAACUAGACGUUAAUAAAUCGUUAAGUGUGUGUUAGCCAAGUACGAGGAGGACAGACAAAGAGGGUACUUACUACAUUUCUACAUUUCUAGCGAGCGUAAAACUGUGUAACUGCGGAAAAUUGGCACAGGCAAUUCAAAAUGUCAGCCCUGCAAACGGCUUCUAUCAAAGAGAUUCGCGAGCUCGCCGCACGUUUAUGUCGCGAUUAUUUGACUGGCCGGUGGAGAUCGAUCGACCCGGCUGAAAUUAUACUCAAAAAGAUUGACGGCGGCUUAUCGAACUUUCUUUAUUAUGUAAGUUUACCUACGGAGGACAAUAAUAUCCAGUAUAACCAAGCUCAUACCACAGUAACGCGUAGCACUGAGAACUACUUGCAAUUAAGUGGUAGCAGUAAUGAGUCAAUAGACGCUGAAUGUAUGAGUGGUAUUAAUAAUAAUUAUGAUGAGCGGCGAGUAAGCGUAGCAACGGCAGAGUCACAUAGUGAGCCGAAGGAGGUAUUAUUACGCAUCUAUGGCGAAGUACAUGGGCAGGAGGACGCUUUGGGUAAUAUCAUCACAGAAUCCGUUGUAUUCGCGCUGUUAAGCGAGAGGAAUUUCGGUCCUAAAUUAUAUGGCAUAUUUCCUGGCGGUCGCCUUGAACAGUAUAUAAAUGCACGUGCUUUACUUACACGCGAAUUGGCAAUACCGAAAGUUUCACAGAAAAUUGCCGAAAAAAUGGCAGAAAUACACACCUUAGAUAUACCAAUGUCCAAGGAGCCAGAAUGGUUAUGGAAUUGUAUGGAACGUUGGCUCAAAACAAUUAGCGGUAUAUUAAUGCUGACUGAUUGGGGUGAUAAAGCACCAUUUGUCGAUUUUGUGCGUAAAUUCGAUUUCCGCAAGGAAAAGGCGUGGCUGCAAUCCGUCAUCAAUGAGGGCAAUCACAAAGUUGUUUUCUGUCACAAUGACAUGCAAGAGGGCAAUAUACUCUACUCCAAUUCAAGCUGCGAUAAGACAAACGGCGCGAGCUUCGCUGGUCAGGCGUACGCACAAAACCCAAUAGCCUGCAAUGAGGAUGAUAUCGAUUUACAAAUUAUCGAUUUUGAAUAUUGUGCAUACAAUUAUCGUGGUUUCGAUCUCGCCAAUCAUUUUAUAGAAUGGACUUUUGAUUACAGUAACCCCGCGGCGCCAUAUUUCCAUCAAAAUAAACAGCAUUAUCCAAGCGAGGCGGAACGUCAAAGAUUUUAUAGCGCCUAUUUGCGUAAGAUUAAUGAAGGUGUACAGGAUUAUGCGCCCACAGCGCAAGAGCUGAAUGAUAUGGACGAGGAGGUGCGUCUAUUCUCAAUGUUCUCACAUCUCUUCUGGAGUGUUUGGAGUGUGGCUAUGACAUUGGCCACCAUACAAUUCGGUUAUUGGGAAUACAGCGUGGCACGCAUACGCGAAUAUCAGCUGCUGAAGCAAGCAUAUUUACGUGCAAGUGCCAAGAAAUCGUGAUAAUCAUUUAGUUGUCGAUUUAAGUGAUGUUGUUGCCAUGUUAGGCAACUUUUAUCAAUAUCAUUGAGCGUUUUGUGCGCUUUUUGCUCUUGUACUGUAUUGUAUUUACUACGAAUUUGAUUAUUUUUGGUCAAUUUUGAAUCAAAAAAAAAAAUUGUAGCUCGUAUAUUAUUCUAAGCGAACAAAAACUGUUAUAAUCGCUGUGCAUACAUUCAUAUUUACAUAUGUACUUAAACAUAAGGUUUCCUUAAGACAAAUAUACAUACAUACAUAAAGAUU